ACCCGUGGUUGGAAGAAAGGAAUGGAGAUUAAGAAUGGAAUCGUAUUGCUGAGCAAAUUAAAUACCCAGACAACACGAUGUUUAUUAAGCCCUAAGGAAUGUAACUCAUAGAAAAUUAAUACAAUGGGUGGAAAAAAGAAAGAGAGAAUAUAUUUCUGAAGGUGAGGAUUCAUUGGAAAGCUGUUCCUUUUGUUUAGCAAAGUUGGAAGAAAGUAGUUCUGCUGGACUCGCUAAACGGAUUCAGUUUCCCCACCUCUGAAAAUCUCUGCCAACCACUCCCCAGAAGUUAAUAUUUCCUAAAGCUUCCAUAAAAACAAGCAGAGCCAAUUUGCUUCAAGUCCAGGGAGGUCUAGAUUCUGAGCUUGACAGCUUGUUUUCCAUGAAGAAAUCGCAAGCAACUAGUCGGUGUCACCGGAAAACAGAUCUUUGCUGAAGAAAAACCUCGGACGAAGGUAGGAAGGAAGAUAUUUACCGCUAGAAACGAAGCUCGGCAUUCUUAGAGGUCGCGCCAGGAUCCAACUUGGCCCAACCAUGAUCUUUCUGCUGCUUCUCACGCCCAGCUUGGUCCUUUGUGACGCCAAUACCACCGUCGCCUCGGAAGAGGCACCGUCUACCGCCAGCUCCCUGAUGGACAUGCAGAAGAAAAUCAACGAUCUCUGGUUGAGUUUGCUGUACCCACAACUCUACGACGAUAUCAUCACAGCCAACCGGACGGCCUACGCUUGCUGCGUCGCCAAACCCAGUAGCAAGUUAGAGGACAGCAAACCACGCGUGACGGGUCUGGUUUUGUUCAAGCAGUUCUACCCUCAUGGGAAGCUGGCGGCCCUUUUCGACCUGGCAGGAUUUCCCACGGAAACGGGCACCUCAGUGAGGGCCAUUCACAUUCACCAAUAUGGCGACCUGAGCGACGGCUGCGAUUCUGCUGGAGGGCACUACAACCCUUGGAAAGUCAACCACCCCCAUCACCCUGGGGAUUUUGGGAACUUUUACCCUAAGGGGGGCAACGUUCAGAAAUUGAAAUCGAACCUCAGAGCUACCCUCUUUGGACCUCAGACCGUUCUCGGACGCUCGGUGGUGAUCCACGAGCAGGAAGAUGACCUGGGGAAGGGCAACAACGAAGCCAGCCUGGCCCACGGGAACGCUGGCCCACGCCUGGCGUGUUGUGUCAUCGGCACGUGCAAGAAGGAGCUGUGGGACAAGCACCUGCCCAAAGUCACAGCCAAAAGGAAGAAAAGGGUGAUAAAAACUGGGGUGGCUUGAGAUGGCUGACAUCCCGAAGGUCCGGUCGACGGAGUUUGUAUCCGCUAAGCGGGUUGCAGCAGAAGUUUCCCUUCUGAAAAUGUUAAAAUAGGCACCUCUCCUUUAGUGAAUUCUUCCCUCCAGAAGCAGAUUAAUAAUAAAGAAAAGCAGGACCAGC